AUCGUAGUGCUACCCUAGUUUAGAGUGGACUCGUCCAAAAUGGCAGCGACGAGAAGUUCAGAAUCGGGCAAAUCUCCGCAAACUUCAGGGUCUUUAUUCCCACAACCGAAGGUCAGGGGCAAGAAAAAGCGCGUGAGCAAGAAGAACAAGUCCGCCUGGAGAAAACACAGCGAUAUCAAGGACAUAGAGGACUUUCUUGACGAUCAGAGGCUUCAGCUAAGAACUGGUGGUCUUGUAGCAGACAAGGCAGAUGACAGCCUGUUCUAUGUUGACAAACAAAAUGACAAUGAACUUGAAGCACCGGUGGCUAAGAAAAGAAAAAAAGAGCUAAAACCACUGAAAAUAGAUCAGAUCAUAGCUGGAGAGACAACAGUCAAACCUGUCACAGGGCAUGCCCCACCUAUGGGAUCAGGUAAGGUGAGAAGGAAGGAGGUCAAAGCUAAAGAACUUGAGAAGAAGACAGGGUACAUCUCAAAGGAGAGGAGGAAGAAACUGAAGCUGAACUCUGUACAGGCAGGGCUGAAAAAACCACAACCAGUUCGGGAAUAUUAUGACCUCUGGGGCAAUGUAGAAACAGAAGAAAAGAACACUGAGAAGGAAGAGGAUGAGUACUAUGCUCAGGUGACUGGCAAGACAAGAGUAAAUGUGCCUGUCCUUACACAAAUACAUGCCAGGAAACCGUCCGUACUGCCUAAGGUGGAGGUGAUCCACCCUGGAGGGUCUUACAACCCCACAUUUGAGGAGCACCAGGAGCUGCUGCAGCAGGCAGUAUGCACAGAGAGUAAGAAACUCAAGGCUGAGAAGAAGUUAGAGAGACAGGCCAGACUGCCACCAAAGAGAGAGUGGGCAACUCGUAAAGACAAGUUGAAGGAGUUGACUGAGGGCCUUCUUGAUGAAGAGGAAGAUGAGGAGGAAGGGGAGGAACAGGAAGGGGAGGAGCAGGAAGGGGAGCAGUCAAUCCCUAAGGCUACCAUCAGGGCAGAAGACAAGAAAUCCAGACAAAAGAGAAGAAAAGAAAAGGAACAAAGAGAGCAGGAACAACAGAAAACAGCAGAGAAGACAAAGAAGGUCCAGGAGCAUGAAGUAAACAGGCUCAAGACUAUCAAGAAAGAGAUCAACGCCUUGGAGAAGAAGAAGGAAGAGAGACAAAAGAAGAGAGCAGAUAUAAGAGCUCAGAAUGCUGAUAAACCUAAAAGACUCAGCAGACGCAAGUAUGAGGAGCCUUUCCCAGAAUUCAAGCUGAGUGAAGAGCUUGUCGGCACACUCAGGGAGUUUAAGCCUGAAGGCAGCGUCCUCAAAGACCGCUUCAAAAGUCUCCAGCGAAGAAACAUCUUAGAAACAAGAGUCAAAGCAAAGCGUCAGAAGAAGUACAAGAAGAAGUAUGUAGAGAAGAAGCAGUACAAGGAAAUCAGCAUCAAUGCUUAACCAGCGGAGGAGGCUUCUUGUCUGCAAUAGAGUGGUCGAUUCUUCAUUUGACGAAAGAAGAUUGUUAUCCUGAAUUUCCGAAAAAGAGAGAGAAAGAAUCUGCAUCAUUGUCAACAAGGAUAAAGGAAGAGCUGCUUUUGAUUUAAAGUGGAAGAAAAGUAGUGUCUAGUAUCCAUUUGACCGUGGUCAAACAAUUUUUUAAAGAUGUAAAUUAGGCUACAUGUACAUUGUACGUACUAUACACUACUGCCAACUUCUGAGCGUGACCAUUGUAAGAGGAAAGAGCAAACCAACCUCCAUGAAUAAUUUGAAUUCUUAUUCUUUAUUCAACAACCUUUGGGUUUUCACAUCCAGCAUUCUGGUGACUGUCUGUCACCUUCUUUAGGGCAACAAUGACUUGUUCUGAAUGCAGCAGCGACACCUACAUGUAGCUAGCUUCAGUACAAAUCAGAACCAGUCAUUGUUGCCCUGAAGAAUUUGACAGAUGGUCACCAAAAUGUCAGAUCUGAAAACCCACUUGUUGAUUCUGUUUCUGGGAGCAUGAAAAUGGCAUAUUUAUAAGAUAAAUGAAUUAAUUAAAGGGAAAAUUUCUCCACUGUGAUAGGCUAAGCAAUGCUGAGUGAAUCAAUGCCAGCAACCACAGUUAUUAAAAGAAAUUAUUUUGAAAAA